CGGCGAUUUGCGAGGGCGGAGCGCAGCGCGGCGCGGGCAUGGACGCGGAGUACCCUGCGUUCGAGCCGCCGCUCUGUAGCGGCCUCAAGCAGCUGUGCCGGCGGCUGCAGGAGGCGUACCGCGAGCUCAAGGAGGACCUUGCGCCAUUCAAGGAUGAUCGCUACUACAGGCUGGCACCCAUGCGGCUCUAUACGCUCUCCAAGCGCCACUUCGUCCUCGUGUUUGUGGUCUUCUUCAUCUGUUUUGGACUGACCGUCUUCGUGGGCAUCGAGGGACCCAGAGUGAUCGAGACUUUGCCUGCUAAUUAUUCACUGAAUAGUAGCAAAAAGCUAAAGACAGUUAUACCUUCAAACCCGCUGUCUACAUAUAACCAACAACUAUGGCUGACGUGCGUUGUGGAGCUGGAGCCCUCAGAAGAAACAUCUAUUCAGACCAGCUUCUCCAUGACAGUGAAGGUCGAUGGCGUGUCUCAAGAUGGAACCACAACAUACAUCCAUAACAAGGUUCACAACCGGACGAGGACCCUCACAUGUGCAGGGAAAUGUGCAGAAAUCAUCGUGGCCCACCUUGGCUACCUGAAUUACACCCAGUACAGGGUUACUGUGGGGUUUGAGCACCUGAACCAGCCCAUCAAGGAUAUGAACUUCACGUGGAAGACAUACAACCCUGCGUUUUCCCAGCUGGAGAUCUGGUUCCGCUUCGUGUUUGUGGUGCUGACCUUCAUCGUCAUCUGCCUGUUUGUACAUUCCCUGCGCAAGUUCUCCAUGAGGGACUGGGGCAUCGAGCAAAAGUGGAUGUCUGUCCUCCUGGCCCUGCUGCUGCUGUACAAUGACCCUUUCUUCCCACUCUCCUUCUUGGUGAACAGCUGGUUCCCGGGGAUGCUGGAUGACUUCUUCCAGUCUCUGUUCCUGUGUGCCCUGCUGCUCUUCUGGCUGUGUGUGUAUCAUGGGAUACGGGUCCAGGGAGAAAGGAAAUUUUUAACUUUCUAUUUGCCUAAGUUCUUCAUCGUUGGACUGCUGUGGCUGGCUUCUGUUACGCUGGGAAUAUGGCAGACAUUUAAUGAAUUAAAUGAUCCCAUGUACCAGUAUCGGGUUGACACCGGAAACUUUCAGGGCAUGAAGGUCUUCUUCAUGGUGGUGGCCGCUGUGUACAUUUUAUACCUUCUAUUCUUGAUAGUGCGAGCAUGCUCCGAGCUCCGUCAUAUGCCUUACGUGGAUCUCAGGUUAAAGUUUUUGACUGCGUUGACCUUUAUAGUGCUUAUUAUUAGUAUCGUCAUCCUCUACCUACGGUUUGGAGCACAAGUGUUGCAGGACAACUUCGUAGCAGAACUGUCAGCUCACUACCAGAACUCAGCUGAAUUCCUGUCUUUCUAUGGCCUGUUGAACUUUUACUUGUACACCCUGGCCUUUGUGUACUCUCCUUCGAAGAAUGCGCUGUAUGAGUCCCAGCUGAAAGACAAUCCUGCAUUUUCCAUGUUGAAUGACUCUGAUGAUGAUGUGAUUUACGGGAGUGACUAUGAAGAAAUGCCCCUGCAGAAUGGCCAGGCCAUCCGUGCCAAGUGCAGGGAAGAGUCGGACAGUGACUGAGCCCUGGGCAGCAGAUGGGACAGCAGGGGGCCAGAGGCCUGCCUGAGUGACUCAUUCUGGCCCCUUCUUCUGUUUGUGUCUGGACUCCUCUGUAAGCAAAGGUUUCCUGUUCCUUAUUUGUUUACAUAUUUUUAAAAGAAAAACCAAAUGGAUUGAAAUGUCGGGUGGAGUUUGCUGUGAGGGUAGCCCCACUAUUUAAGAAGAGGGGCCGGCUGGUAGAGAAUUCAAAGGCAUAUCCUUUACAUGGACAUCAGGUGCGAUGGAGCCUGUAUGCAGUCAUGAGGAGAAGUUACCCAUUUUUAAUAAAAAGAAUUAUGUGCUUUUUCUUUCCUUUUUAAAAAGCAAUUGAGUCUGUGGGAGGCCUGAUGAUCAAUGUCCCAGCAUGGCAGUGAUGACUCUUUCCUCUCUGUGGCACCGUUCUUGAGAGCCCUACCCUCAAGGGAAGUCUAAGCUGUGCCUGCCUCAGGUGGGCGGUCUGCCUCCAUCUUCUCAGCACCUGGAGGGGUCUGUGCUGACUCUCAAACAUCCGCAGUGAGGCACUGAUUGUGUUUGGUGAGCCACAUACAAUGUCAUUUUGGGGAAUGACAGGUGGCCGGCCAGGUUCCUGUCCAUCAUUGCCCCCCCCCCCAGCAGAAUUAACAGCGAAGUUGAGUCCAGGGUGGGCUGAUGACCUGGAGGAAACCCAGGCAGCUACAGGCCAGUAGACUGUGGGCAAGGUCCUGUGUCACAGUGCUCUUCAGGGUCUGUGUACAGUUAGGAUUGGCUCUCCCUGAGCUGGAGGUGGAAAACGAGGAGGCCCUUCCCAGACCAAAAUUUCUGUAUCUCCACUGAGUGUGAAACCCCCAGAGAGCUCUAUUUUUUUUUUUUUUUU